ACGUGCACCGCAAAUGCCACCAUUUUAUACUUAGAUAUACGGCGAAGCGAAGUGAUUUGACUUGUCAUUGAAAAUGGACGGCUUGCUUUUGGUGACAGUCACUAUUGUUUUCAUCUGCUCGGUGGUGUCGUCUUCUCGAAUGAAUGUGGAAGAGAAUUGUGUUCGAAUGGUGCAGAAAUCUGGGAAAAAAAGCUACAUUACCGCCGAGUAUUCGUGUUAUACUCACACAGCACCUUGUGGACCAUCCUGCAACCCAUUUUGUCAGUGUCAGAGAGCUCAUGAGGAGAUACAGUAUGUGCAACGGUUUGUUACAUACUACUUUAUGGAGGCAGAGUGUUGCGAUGGAUACAAGGAGGUAAUGGAAGGCGACCAAGUCAAAUGCGAACCAUAUUCUGAGGUGUUCUUCCAAUUACUGUUCACUAAUGGAAACUUAGAUGAAUGCCUUAAUUGGAAAUUGAUUUUUGAUAGCCACAAGGUAGCUGAAAGUUUUUCUAAGGGGUUGAGGAACACAUUGAGCUCGAUAUGCUCCUGUGAUGUACCAUCGUCCAAUGUUGCCGACAUACAAUUGCUGUGUAUCAACCAACUACCACUAGUACACAUAUAUCAUGGGCGAAUUGUUGCCACUAAUGACAGAAAUGCAUCUCAGUUAGCAGGUGACAUUCGAAGGGUUGCAUUAGAAAGAAGAAGUAUUUCAAUACUUGGCGAGCAGUUUCAAGCACUGGACAACUGUACUUGCUGCAACAUAAUAGAAGAAUCAGAGCUGGGCUCUAGGAAUGCAGCUGAAAUGUGUAUCCGUGAAACCCACGGCAGUGAAACUUUGAACAGUGGAGAGAAGGCAGGUAUAGCCAUAGCCACCACUGUUUUCGCACUCUUUUCUAUCAUAGUGGCUAUCGCUGUUGGGUGGAAGUGUAAAAGAAGACUUCGUAGGGAUAACUACGGACAAGUUGGACAAAAUCGCGGCCAGGAAGGGCCAGGCCGGUAGUAAUCUCAGUGCUGUUUACAUAAUUAUGUGUCCCCUUUUUUUGCAAAUGAAACCAGGAGUUCAUGAAGGUUUGACCUUCAUGCCCUUGUCUGUAGCACAAAAUCUAGCCUUUUAUAAUUAUAUAUACUCACCAACAAAAUAAGUUUGUGUAAAGUGUAUACCGAGACACUAUAUAAUACUCUGCGGGGGCGUGAUUUCGCACAUGCGCACGUCCACUCUGACCCAGAAAUACGUCAACGGGUUUGCCCAUGUUUACAUAGCAUACGAGGUAGAAA